AUGGUGAAACGUGUUGUCGUUCUUGGUUGUGGCGCCUGGGGUACUGCCACCGUUAAACUUGUUGCUGACAACGUUAUGUCUUCAAAAGAAUUUCAUGAAGAAGUUUAUUGGUACGUAAGAGAUGAAGAUUACAACGGUCGUAGCCUAACCACUUGGAUUAAUCAAGAACAUAUAAAUCCCAAGUACUUGCCAACACUUGAUAUUCCUUCGAAUGUUUCCGCCUCCUCUAAUAUUCAGAAAGUGGUCGAAGAAGCUGACAUUAUAUUAGUGUCUUAUCCAUCAUGCUACAUUCUAUGGUUGGUAGAAAAUGUGAAGAAAUUUAUCAAAGACGGUGCACAUUUUGUCUCCUUUUGUAAGGGUCUCAUUCUGUGUCCCGAGGAAAACAGAAUUAAACUGGUAAGCGAUGUUAUUCGAGAGCAAACUGGUAAAAGCUGCGUGGUCGUUAUCGGGGCUACAACAGCUGUCGAAGUGGCCAAACAACAUUUCACCGAGGCAACUAUCGGCUCCAAGAAUCUCACAUAUGCACAUGAAGUAAAAAGGCUUCUACAGCCAGCAACAGUUGUUAAAGUCUUGAACUCACGAUAUUUUCUAGUCGAAUUAGACGAUCCACGUGGAAAUGAGUCGACAAAAUUGAAAAGAUCAGAUAAUUCCAACACUGUCCAGUUUAAUGCUUAUGCUGGUAUGCUAGAAAUUGUGCCAGUGAAUGAAAGUCAAUUAAAAGGCGUAUUACUAUCUCCACCACCUGGUUGGCCAAAAAGUAGAUGCUUUACUUGGAUUCAUUAUCUAACCUAUCUGUCUGCUCAUAAUGAUUACAUAAGAAGCUUUUCCUCAACUUGA